UUCAGAUCACCCGCCGAGAAUGGAGUGAGCCCUGCUGUGGGCAGAGUGACCCGGUCGCCCUGGCCGGAGUGUCCAGCCUGUUGGACAGCUGGACGCGGCUGGUGCCCGCCAUCAGCUGCUUUCCUCCCGCCCUGUCUCCCCCCUCAGUGCUCCCUGGCCGGCACGUGGGUGAAUGAGCUGGGCUCCAGGAUGACCAUCGCUCCCACCAACAAUCCCGAGGAGUUCCAGGGCUCCUACCUGACUGCCGUGUCAGCCACCGACAGCGCCAUCCAACGAUCGCCUCUGAAGGGAUUCCAGCACCACGUGGACCAGCGGGCCCAGCCCACCUUUGGCUUCACAGUCCACUGGAGCUUUUCUAAUUCCAUCACCGCCUUUACAGGCCAGUGUUUCCUGAAUGCAGGUGGAAGGGAGCAGCUGCAAACCACCUGGCUGCUGCGCUCGGAGGUGGGAUCCAUAUCGGAAGAUUGGGGGGCAACCCGGGUUGGCACAAACACCUUCCACCGAAUCAGCUAAGGGGAUGAAGACAGCAAGGCUCGCAUGGUUUCUGCCUUGGGGAGCGAUGGGACAGCAGUCCUUCUGACCUCCACCCAGGACACACCAGCCGCUCUUCCCCAAUAAAGCUUUUGCCUGAA